CCUCAGCCCGGAGUACGGCUGAAAAUGCACGCCGCACGCCGAGCAUUGAUAUUGAGCAGUUGGGAAAAUCCACGAAAGUGAAUGGAUUCGAUUGAGUUUCAUUCAUGAACAUGUACAUGCGCUGCAGGACAUCUACCUGCCUAAGCGUGGGAAAGUUGCUGGCGACGAGGAUCGACGCCGCAGGAUGGACGCCGGGCAGGUAGAGGGAAACAAAACUGGGCUGCUCCGCAAUUGCGUCGGGCCAGGAUCUGUUGGGUUAUUUGUAAGGCGCUGGGAGUUUCUUCUGUUCAUGAAAAAGUCCCAAGUGGACAAAAGGCAAAUUUCCGGUUUUUCGCUGUCGCCUCGUAUUUCCCACGGCCCAAACUUGUGACUUGGUAUAAAAACUAGGCCCGGGCUCCUGACAGCCCACAGUCGACCCAACGACAUCACAGAGAUCACACACACGACACACACAUCCAACGACAUUAUGUUUUAUAUCAUACAAAUUUUCCUGAGCUUUGCCAGUAGCGCUUCGUCGGCCAGCUUGGUGGAGCCGAUGAAUUACUAUCAGUAUACACAAUUCCAGGCGCCGCUCUCCUGGGAAGCCAUCAGCAGCAGCAGCUUGGACCAGGCCAUCAGCAAUUGUCAGCAGAGCUUCAAAUGGCAGCGCUGGAAUUGCCCCAGCAAUGACUUUAUAAGGCGACGCACGGCCCCGAGUGGCGCCCAGGAGCUGGAUCGUGAGGAUGUCUAUGUGGCCGCCAUAUCCAUGGCCGCCAUAUUGCAUACGCUAACCAAGGACUGUGCCAAUGGUGUCAUCGCCGGCUGCGGUUGCAGCGACAAUGCCCUGAACGUGCCCUGCGCCCAUGAGCCGGCCAAGGCGAUGCAGCUCUAUGAGCAGCGCUAUGGCAUUGGUGCUGGUGCUCCAGCGCACAAUCAGCGCGUGGUUGGCGCCCUGUUGGAGCGUUCGUUGGAGCAGGAGUGCCACUGCAAGCGGCACAACGCACAGGGCAGCUGCCUCGAGGAGCAGUGCGUGCAGGUGCUCAAACCCUUCGAGUCUGUGGCACAGGAUCUGCUGAACAUGUACGAUGAUGCCAUACAGCUGGACACGACCACAAGGAAUCUGAAGAUCAUGUGGCAGAACAUACCGCUGGACUCGCUCGUCUACAUGCUCGACUCGCCCAACUAUUGCCAGCCCGAGGCCAGCGGACGCUGGGCGGGCACACGUGGCCGCCAGUGCGCCAAGCAUACGGCCAGCAGCGCCGAUGAGCGUCUCUCCUGCCAACAACUGUGCCGGGUCUGUGGAUUCCGUGUGCGUUCCCAGCAUGUGCGCAGCGAGCGGCGAUGCAACUGCAAGCUGGUCUGGGGAUUCCGUUUGCAGUGCGAUGUUUGCGUCCAGCUAGAGCGACAAUAUAGCUGCUACUAAUCAUACAGAGAGAGAGAGAGAGAGAGUGGGAGAGAGUGCGAGACUGAGAGAAAUGUCAAUUUGGGGCGCUGGUUGAGCCACGCAACAGCCACAACAACAGCAACACCAACAGCUACAACAACUAUAGCUUUAAUUAGUUGCCUAGACUUAAGUUAAUUUAUUUGUACCCAGCUCUAAUUUAUUACCUUGACAACAACAAUAGACAAACAAAAAUAAAUACGUAACUGUAAAUCGA